AUGCAGCUCAUCCACCAUAUGAUCAUCCUGUUUGCUAGUCUGGCCGCUGCCCAAACCCUCCCCAAUAUCCCACCCUGCGCAGCGUCAUGUCUCGUCAACGCUCUGCAAGGCGAUGGAUGCCCAUCCUUAACCGAUUUCGCGUGCCACUGCCAGAAGCCCGAGCUCGUCCCGAAAGUCAGUCCAUGUGUUGCACAAGCCUGUCCUCUCGCCGAGCAAUCUUGCACAGGAACAAGGGCAUCACCCACAGGCUCCAUGACCAUCCCCACCGUCUCCUCUCAUGCAUCCUCCAGCCCCAAGCCCUCGUCUUCGGCACUUAGCUCAUCCCAUGUCUCUUCUUCUCCAGGAGCAUCCACUCACACUGGUGGUGCUGGCGGAGGUGCAGGUGGUGCUUCCUCUUCGGGCAGAGCAAGCAGCUCAGCUACCCCGCCUCUUAAGACAAAUGGAGCAGCACAAGUUACCGGGGGCUUGGCCGGUGUGGCUAUCGCUGCUGUGGCUGCGUAUUACCACCUUUGA